CUCCUCCAAAACAUCUCGAUGAGGUUUGCUGUCUAAACAUAAACCACCAAAAAUCAUAUUUACAUGUAAUGUACAGUAUUUAUAUUCAUGAGUUUUUUUAUUACCUAAAUAUCCAACAAGUAUGACUUCAUAUCCAUGUUUACUGAGGGAAAGCGAGUGAUACUGCAUGCGGGGACUCCGACCGAUGUCCCCGAGCACCAGCACACACACCCGUCGCUCGGUGUCGCCGUCCCGCCGCCGCAAUUUCCAACACAGCGCGGCCAAGAGUCCCACGACCGUCACCGACACCAGAGGCCACCAAACGCCUGACCCGGCGCCCCAAAUCACCGCCAAGAGUAGCGCAAUAAACGCAAAAACAGUCCGAAUGGGAAGGGGUUGGCUGGAGCCGGACGGCGCCAUGUUUGUUUUGGGACUUGUGAUGACGUAGACGGUAGUACUCAAACCAGGCUACAUAUUUAAAGGGCCCACGCAUAAUCUAAUAGUGACGUCACAAGCGAGCCCCGCCCUUGCAGGCAUCGAGGACGCGUUUAAGUGGCCUCGGAGCGAGCUCCUACACCUCUGAGCAGCAUGCGGACUUCAAGGAUCCGGCUGGCCGCCUUCGCGGUGCUUUUAGUGGCGUGCUGCAUCUGCCUGCGGGCGGAGGUGAUCGACGACGUGCUAGGCAGCCUGUCCAAGGGCACCGCCUUCCUGGAGCGCCAGCACGAGCACAUCAAUCUGGACGGCGUGGUGGGCUUUCUCAUGCUGCAGGCCGAGCUGAAAGAGGCAGUGCGGACUUGGCCUCAUUCGGACCCGGUCAGCUGGGCUCAGCGGACGGCGGCCGUGGAGCUGGUCAAGCGUUUGGACAGCAGCUUUGAAAACGCUGUCCCUGCCCUGAGUCAAAAUGACCCCAAGUACUAUCAAGAGUUCGAGCCACUGCUGUCGUGGAACUUCUGGCAGGUUCCUCAGGAACGUAGCAGCACUGACGCCAGCCUGGUGUAUGCCGCCACCACCACUAGCGAGUGCUAUGACGAGCAACUCAGCGACAAGUGCCUCACGCUGCUUCUGGGAACAUGGAAACAGAAAGGGACGCCGUGCAUCGUCACCAAACCAUGUCGCGACACCAUGACCCAAUUCGGUUGCCCGCACUACUCAUUGUCCCACCAGCUGCUCUAUUUCAUGAUCGGAAAGAUGAAAGGGUGCACCAAUCUGCUGAAGGGCGACACACGGGCGUCCCGCGCCAACAUGACGGAGCGCGCCUACCAGAAGAUCUUUUGCUCCAACAUGAUGAAGACCAACCAGGAGAUUGCAAACGGCGGACUCAGCGAGCAGACGGCGGAUAUCUUCAUUGAGAACAUCCUCAUCUGCGGAUUGGCCGGCUUCUCCGACUUCUACAAAUCUGAUUGGCUGCAGCACAUCCUCCGACUGCAGGACGCCGAGCUGGGUUGCUUUGGCCGCGACCAGAGCGUCGUUUCGCAGAUGAUCGGCGACGAGCUGCUGGAGCAACUGCAGCCUCCUCAUCACCGCGUCAAGAGGAGGGAGAAGAUCCUACCUGAUGGCUGCUCGAGUCACAUGACAGCCGUGGCAGUGGGUGCCCUGGGAGGAUAUUUAAACUUCUACCUGACUGAGCAGGACAUAACCAAGAGGCCUCUUCCGUGAAGCCCAAACCUGACCUUGCCGGACCACCACAAGGCUCUGGAAAAGAAACUCUUUUUCCUGCUUGCUUUCUAUUUUUCUCAUCGUGGGACUAUAAAUCCACAAGGAUGAUCACAGAAAUAUUUACUACGCCAAGGCCUUUUCCAUAGACCCCAAAAUUUUAAUCUACGUGUUCUUUGUGGACCAUAUUAAUAAUGAACAUAAGGUGAUAUAUAGUACAGUGUGUCACAAAAAUUGAGUACAAUCCCUCGCAUUUCUGCAGAUAUUUAAGUAUAUCUUCACAUGGGAAAACACUGAUAAAAUGAAACUUUGACACAAUAAGAUUGAAGAGGUGUGGGAGGGGGGGGAUCAGCCU